GUUCGACAUGGGCCGGACGCGGGGCACUCUGGGCGUCCUCUUUGUCGCGCGAUUGGGACUCGGUGGAAACCGGAGCAGACAGCCACCCACGGAUAUUAAAAUGUUGCAGUCUGCUGAAGGCAUACUUAAUGGAUGCAUCACACCAGGAUCUGGAAGAGCCAUUCGAUCUAUUAGGGCCUGAAUAUCAUUGGCAAUUGAGAUUGUGAAGUGAAUAUUUGCCUGUGAGUUUUUGGGAAAAUAUUUUAAAUAUCUAUGUGACUUGAAAAGUACUGAGACAUAAAUGCCAGAGUCAGGGUAUUCAAGCAAACUGACUGUGAAAAGAGACUUAAUCACCUUGAUAUUGCACUAUUCAUAGUGGGGACAAACUGCAUGUAUGUUCUGUGUGGAUAGGUUUUGACUGAUUACUCAACCUGGAGAAACAUAAGGGCACAUACAUAAUGGAGAAACCAUGGAAAUGCGGAGACUGUGGAAAGGGAUUCAAUUAUCCCUCCAAGUUAGAAACUCAUCGGCGCAGUCACACUGGGGAGAGGCCAUUCACUUGCUCCCUGUGUGGGAAGGGAUUCACAGAGUUAUCCAAGCUUCAUGUACAUGUGCGAGUUCACAGUGGGGAGAGGCCGUUCACCUGCUCCAUGUGUGAGAAGGGAUUCACUCAGUUAUCCACCCUGCUGGCGCACCAGAGAGUUCACACUGAUAAACGACCUUUUAAAUGUUGUGAAUGUGAGAAGAGCUUUAAAAGCACAAGUGAAGUGCUGACACACCAACGCACUCAUUCUGGGGAGAGACCAUUCAUUUGCUCAGUAUGUGGAAAGGGAUUUACUCAGUCAUGCUCCCUAAUGAGACAUCAGCGAGUUCACACAGGAGAGAGACCAUUCAGCUGCUCUGUUUGUGGGAAGGCAUUCAGUCACUCAUCGACUCUACUGAAGCACCAGCUAGUUCACACUGGAGAGAGGCCAUUUAUCUGCUCUGUGUGUGAGAAGGGAUUCACUCGUUCAUCCAACCUACUGAUCCACCAGCGAGUUCACACUGGGGAGAAACCAUUCACUUGUUCCAUGUGUGGAAAGGGAUUUGCUCAGUCACAGCAUCUACUGAGACAUCAGCGACUUCACAUAUGACACUGUAUUUUAAUUGUGCUCUUAACUAUGUUAUUUGUUUCUACUGCUGGAAUUCACUAUAACUGGUCUGAUGUUCAAUGCACUGAAAAUCUGUCAAAUAAA